UGGGGCAAAAAAAUUGAGGAAGGAGUCACAAAUUUAUCGGGGAAGUCACACAAAAUUUUGAUGGGUCACCUGAGAAGGUAGGCGUCCAUGGAUUCGCUGCAGCAGUGGCUGAGUAUCUUGCAGUGGACAAGACUCAGCAGAUCCUCCAGCUCCAGCCUACGUAUAAUUCUCAGGCCCAUCUUGCUGGAGUCCCCGAGCGGCUGGCGAGGCUCCGGACUCAGCAAGAACCAGACCUCCAGCAGUUUCUCGGCUCCCUCG